AUGGCAACCUUGAAAAGACGCAGUAAAAAAGAUGGAAAUGAUAUUGUAACCGAUAAUGGAAAUACAAAAAUUAGUUUUGCAUUUCAAGGUUUAGAUACAAUAUCCGACAAAUUAUUACCAAAAGAUAAAGAGUCAAUAGAUUAUUUAGAUUUAUCGGAAAAUCGGCUCGUUGAUUUACGUUUUCUAUUUGAUUUACCAAACUUAAAAACUCUUAUAUUAGAUAAAAAUGGCAUCACAUCGAAUGUAAAAUUACCGUACAUGGAUCAUUUACAUACUCUAUGGAUAAAUCAUAAUCAAAUUAAAAAUUUAUCCGUAUUUAUUCAAACAUUAUCAUUUAGUACACCGUCUCUAAAGUAUCUAAGUAUGAUGAAUAAUCCUGCUGCACCAAGUUUUUUCAAUGGUGGUUCGUAUGCACAAUAUAUUGAUUAUCGAUAUUAUGUUAUUAGUCAAUUGCCCCGAUUAAUCAUGUUGGAUGAUACGGAAAUAACAAGAGAAGAAAGAAGCGAAGCUGAACGAGUUUAUACACCAGUGUUAUUAAAUGGAAGUAUGGCGAACAGGAGAUCAUCGAAACCACAAUAA